GAAAAAAAACUGUCUAAUAAUAAGAGAGGGCCGGUUCAUCUGAAGUGUCUUCUUUUCUCUCUCCCCUCUUUCUCUCUGAACCAAAUCGGCGAAUUCGAAAAUACGGGAAGAAAACCAAAGAGAGGAUCAAUCAAAUUGUUGUCAUUUCUGAGAAUUUGUGUGCCAAAAUUAAGCUUUUUGUCAAGUGUUAAUUCGUCAAAGCUUUUUGUUUUUUGUUGGAUAAUAUCUACUUGAAGUUUUUCUAGGGUUUCUGGAGGUGUUUGAUUAAUGGCUGCUCCACCUGCAAGAGCUCGCGCUGAUUAUGAUUAUCUCAUCAAGCUCCUCCUAAUAGGCGACAGCGGUGUGGGUAAGAGUUGCCUCCUCCUGCGGUUUUCUGAUGGUUCCUUCACAACGAGUUUUAUCACAACCAUUGGUAUUGAUUUUAAGAUUCGGACCAUAGAGCUUGAUGGCAAGCGGAUUAAACUUCAGAUAUGGGAUACUGCUGGUCAGGAGCGGUUCAGGACUAUCACAACGGCUUAUUAUCGUGGAGCCAUGGGUAUUCUGCUGGUGUACGAUGUUACUGAUGAGUCAUCAUUUAACAAUAUCAGAAACUGGAUACGCAACAUUGAGCAGCAUGCUUCUGAUAAUGUGAACAAGAUCCUGGUAGGAAAUAAGGCUGACAUGGAUGAGAGUAAAAGGGCUGUGCCGACAGCCAAGGGACAGGCUUUAGCUGAUGAGUACGGGAUCAAGUUCUUUGAAACUAGUGCAAAGACGAAUUUAAACGUGGAGGAAGUUUUCUUUUCCAUAGCGAGGGACAUUAAGCAAAGGCUUGCAGAUUCUGAUACAAGGCAAGAGGCUCAACCAUCAAUUACAAUUAGACCAGCCGACCAAGCUGGCAAUCAAGCAGCUGCUAAAUCAGCAUGCUGCGGUUCUUAAGGGACUAGCAGUUGACUGGACAAGGAAAUGCGUUCAGUGGAAUUAUGUGUGCAAAGCAGAUGAAUCUGAUUAUGAAGAUAAUGUGAUGGAUGCUUGUAAUAUUUGUUACCAUCAUUCUUUUCUUAAACCUGUUUUUAGUGUGUGAAAGAUAGUUUUAAAUUAACUCGGAGUAGUAAAUGUGUUCCCCACACUUUUUUUUCUUUUCUUUUGCUUGUCUAAUUAAAUUCUGCCAAAGCAUACAUUGAUUCAAAUCCACAACUCAAUGAUAGUUUUGCAAAUUACAAUGUCA